UUUUUUCUAUUUUUAUGAAAAAAGCCACUCUAUAUAUGCGGCUAUUAUCUAGGAGUAGGAGGUCGUUUUUUUAAAGGAAAAAGAAGAAAAAAAGAGGAAUAACAUACGCAAAUUUUGAUGCACUUUAUUUAGAUUGGUCAAAUUUCACACAAUCUUGUUAUGUGCAAUUUACAUUGGCAAAGGCAACCUGGUUAUCUCCAUGGAAACGAAAAACAACGAGGACGAGUUAGUAUAUGGAAGUUAGAACAGCUAAUAUAAUUGACCAUUUUAGGACUAGUUACUUCUCUAAUGGAGUCAUUUACAUUACAAAUUCUGUUGCAGCUGAUAUAACAAACGCCAUCUCUGUCUUGCUUCUUUUGUUUCAUCAUCUCCUCUAUGAUGUGGUCUGCUCCUCGUUCUGCUUUAUCCGCCAUGGCCCUUGAGCCACCGCCCUCUCCCCAACCUUCCUCUGCCACCAGCAAUGAUGGAUUGCAAAGCAAACAAAGAGAGCAGAAUGAAGCAAAGCAGAGAUCAAUAAUAAGGUCUCUAAGGAGGCUAACUGCGCUAUCAACAGGUUCACUUCCAGAUGUGGAACCUCCAAGAAGUGAGGAUGUCUCUGUAUCUAGUAUGAAGAGUUGUCCGAGUCCAGGAUCCGAAAGCUCCUCUUCCAACACCGGUAGCCCUUCUAAUUCCGGGGAGCAGUCGGAUUUAAAAGGCAACAAUAACAAUAAAAUGAAUGGCAUUGUUAGUAUUCUGAAGAAAGGAUCCCAGAUGCCCCUCUAUACCUUAACCUCAAUCAAGGAGGCUCCGUAUUUCAAAAAGAGAACCUCCGCCGAACGAAUCCCAGAGGAAUUUUCUGCAAUUCUUAAACAAGGAUCAUCUCUUAAUCCUGAGGCUUAUCGCUUUAAAGCGUCCUGGAAAUUAUUCACUCUCGCAGAUCUCCAGGCCGCGACCAAUAAUUUCAGCCAGGAGAAUUUGAUCGGGCAGGGAGGUUAUGGUGAGGUUUACAAAGGCCAAUUGGCAGAUGGAACCUUUGUAGCAAUUAAAAGGCUAACAAGAGGGGACCAAGAAGAAAUGACUGCAGAUUUUUUGUCCGAGCUUGGGAUUAUAGUGCAUGUGGACCACCCCAAUAUUGCUAAAUUGAUUGGAUAUGGAGUUGAAGGUGGAAUGCAUCUUGUUCUUCAGUUGUCUCCACAUGGCAGCCUAGCUUCCAUACUAUAUGGACCUAGAGAGAAACUGAAUUGGAACAUGAGGUAUAAGAUUGCAUUGGGGACUGCUGAAGGCCUCCACUAUCUGCAUGCACAAUGUCAAAGAAGGAUUAUUCACAGAGAUAUCAAGGCUGCUAAUAUAUUGCUUUCAGAGGAUUUUGAGCCACAGAUAGCUGAUUUUGGACUAUCUAAAUGGUUACCUGACAAAUGGACUCACCAUACUGUCUCCAAAGUAGAAGGCACAUUCGGUUACCUUCCUCCUGAAUACUUCAUGCAUGGUAUUGUUGAUGAAAAAACUGAUGUAUUUGCUUAUGGAGUGCUAUUAUUGGAGCUCAUUACCGGCCGUCCGGCUUUGGACAAAGCUCAGAAAAGUCUUGUGAUGUGGGCAAAACCACUGAUAUCCAAGAGCAAAAUGGACGAGCUUAUUGAUCCAUGUCUUGCUGGUGCCUAUGACGAAGAGCAGAUGAAAUAUAUAAUCUUAACAGCUUCUUUGUGUAUAGCGGAGUCGACCGUUCGACCGCGAAUGCAUCAGGUAUUGCAGAUAGCAAAAGGUGAAGAAGGCAGCAUGGAGUUAGUUAGGGAACUCCUGGAACCUUUAUGUGAUGAUGAGUUCCUUGAAGAAGAGUUUCCUUCACCUGAGAGUUCCAAUGACAUAUCUAAACAUUUGCAGACUAUUGGACAAGAUUAAGACUCUGCUGAUAACAGCAAGCAUUAAAGACUAGAUUAUGGCCCCUCAUUUCAUUUCAGAUAUUGCAACUGUGCAAAAGUUUAGGUGUAGUGAUUUUAUUUGCAGAAUAGGUAUUUGUGUGUAUAUUUCGUUAUUUCUUGUGUGUAUUCAAUGGCAAUCCAAGAUUUCAAAUGUAUGCUGAUAAUAUUACGCAGUGAAAUUCACUAUGAAAGAUAUUUUAUCUAAUUUACUUUUU